AUGACACAUUGUAUAAAACAUCUUCCCGAUGCAUUAAGCCCAAUCAAAAUGACACCCCAUUGAUUUGCCAGCCCAAUUCUUCACAAUGCAAAGACCAUUUUAGCAGCCUGGCAGAAGAUAUACAACUCUUUCUACCAUAAAUGGACAACAGAAAAAACGGUUUCUCCCCUCAAUUGCAGACAAACACCAACUAACUGCAACAUCCAAUAAGGAAAGACAGCAUAGAAAUCCCCAAGCCAGAGACAAGAAGGGAGGACGAUUAGGAUAGUCUUCUCCCCUCUUUCGAUUCGGAAUCAUGGGUUGCGGCAAGUCGAAGCACGAUGUUGCUGCUGGAAACACCAUCAGCCUCAGCAAGAAAUCAAACUCCGAUGAGCUGAAGGACAUCCAAAAGGAUGCCGACACGACCCCUGAAGCGGCCAACACCAACGGCACAAACUUGCCCGCCCAAAAAGAAGGGGAAAGCGAGGCAAACACGGGCUCGGGAGGUGAAAACAUGAAGGGGGUGGCCGAUGUUGGGGACGUAACCCAAGAGACCGAGGUGAGAGCAGGAGAAGAGAAAGACGGGGAGGCCGUAACGAACAACCCCUCUUCGACGAAGGAGGUGGAUUCAAGUGCAAAUGUUGCAUUAGCUGAGACUGUUGCCCCAGAAAAUGUUGUCGAAGAGAAGAAAGAAGACACGGACAAUGGAGAGCCCAAGAUUGUGAAAGAAGAGAACUCGGCCGAGGAACCGGAAUCUGCCCAAACAGUUGACGAAUCGAAAGCAACAAGUGCACAGGGAGCUGCACCAAAUGUAGCAGCUAGCGACGAGAAGAUGAACUGAAGAAAAAGUCCAGCGUACCUGGCUU